AGUCGCCACCAGAUGGCGAACCAACAUGGCUUCCAAGUGAACGGAAGUACGGUGCUGCCAUCGUGAAAUCUUUUUAGGUUGGAUUUCGGUGGCCAACACGUUGUGCAUACGAUAAGCCACGAUGCAGAUAUUCGUGAAAACCCUGACGGGCAAAACCAUUACCCUCGAGGUAGAAGCGUCUGACACUAUUGAAAAUGUCAAAGCGAAGAUCCAAGACAAGGAAGGAAUUCCGCCAGAUCAACAACGUCUCAUUUUCGCAGGAAAACAAUUAGAGGAUGGGCGUACACUCUCUGAUUAUAACAUUCAGAAAGAAUCUACCUUGCAUCUUGUUCUUCGGCUUCGCGGAGGUGUUAUCGAGCCUACCCUUCGUAUUCUUGCACAGAAGUACAAUUGUGAUAAAAUGAUUUGCAGAAAGUGCUAUGCACGCCUUCAUCCGCGUGCAACAAAUUGUCGUAAGAAGAAAUGUGGUCAUACAAACAACAUUCGCCCAAAAAAGAAGUUGAAGUAGAUUUUACACCCCACUUCUACUUGCAUACUUUGUAAGUUUAUGUACCUUUGAAAAAUGACUUUAAUAAAGUACACAUAAGAAAAUA